CACGGUGAACGCAGCUUAUGAAGUUACGGUCGUGGGGAGUGGUGGGGAGUUAAGAGCAGCGAGGGAGGGACUAUAAACGGCAGAAACUACUCUAAAAUUUCAACAUAUCGUCGUCUUCGCAUCUCAUCGCAGGAUUUUAAGGACUUCUUGACAAAGGACGCUGAUCCUCUUCAAGCAUGGCUGUAGAGGGGGGACUGAAAUGUGUCAAGUACCUGCUUUUCUUUUUCAACUUUAUUUUCUGGUUAUGUGGCCUAGCACUGAUUGUCGUGGGAAUCCUGGUUCAGGUGGCUUUGCACAACACCUUAGUGAUCAGUGAUGCGGCAACCUCCGCAGCUCCCAUUGUCGUCAUAGUAGUCGGUGUGGUGAUUUUCUUCAUCGCCUUCUUCGGCUGCUGUGGUGCCUGGAAAGAGAACUACUGCAUGGUCACCAUGUUUGCUGUCCUUCUCACACUGAUCAUCAUAGUUGAGGUGGCAGCAGCAAUCGCUGGAUAUGUCUUCAGAAACAAGCUCUCAGCUGUCGUCCAGGAAGGUCUCUCUGAAAUGAUGAAGCGUUACAAUACUACAGAAGAAUUCAAAAAGGCUGUGGAUGAACUGCAACAGGAAUGGAAAUGCUGUGGCGUGAACAGUUCUUCUGACUGGAGAGACUUCAAACCUGAUGGAAAUUCUGUGCCUGAAUCAUGCUGUGUGAAUGUCACUGCAAACUGUGGAAAUGGGGCCAUGACAAACCCUGUCAAAGUGUACCAGAAGGGUUGUCAUGAUGCUGUGGAGGCUUUGCUGAAGAAAAACAUCCUGUGGGUGAUCGUUGCAGCUCUUGUUAUUGCUUUCCUGCAGAUAAUGGGCAUCGUGUUUGCCUGCUUGUUGAUGAGAGGCAUCCGCAGCGGCUACGAAGUUAUGUGAUUCAGCGUCAUGCCGGAGUAGGAGUUGGUUGUUCAUGUCACGCUUAUUGGGAGCUUCAUUUGGAAACUUUGAAUAUGUUUAUCUUAUACUGAAGACAUCAGACACAGAACAAUAUAUUUUCCCUUGUAUUGAUUUUUAGAUUAUAUUUUCAUAGAUUAAAAAUAUCUGCUUUGAUACUGUGUUUAGGAAUUCUAAAUGAUAGAAAAAAUUAAUACCCACGUUGUUGUCAAUGAAUGUUUCUGUUUGCUGCGGAGAAGUGUAACAUCUUUUAAUUUUCUUGAGACUGAAGUUCUGUUUUGGCGCAUGGUUUUUAUGUUUUGGUGGCUUCCAAUUUCUGUUUUUAAAGACCCUGUAAAUUGCAUAUGACUUUGCAUUAAGGGUAAAUGCAAACAGGGAAAAUAAAUGCACCAUAAAGGUC